GAACAAGAAUUGGGCGAUGUAUGCUACCUGAUAUCUUGCUUCUCAGACAAGAGCCAUGCCUUUAUAGCGCUCACUCCCUGUAAUGACUUCUGUCAAAGUGAUCCUUCAGCAUGUGGCUGGACCGCUUAACUGCUGGUGCUGCAACACCCAGUGCCUCUCGUGAAUCGCUCGCCCCAACGAGGCCAUAUUCUCCCUCUCCACGCAAGAAUUCCCAGCUUGCUCCAAGUCAACGGACAGUCUCGGGGCUGGGUCUAUCUGCAACGAGAUCCACAACCUCCCUCGACCUUAGUGCGAACACUUCUACAACAUCUCUUACGACCCCGGCGAGACAGCCCAAUGGAUCCUCCCUAAGAUUCGAGCAGAGGCCCCCGCCCAAUGUCGCAGAUCCUGUGAAAGUAAUAAAAACUAUACUUGGGAACUCGAGACAUGGGAUAGCACAGGAUGGUGGGUCUAGAAAUCGAGACGGAGAAACGGGCAAAGAGAUUGACUUUGGGGGUCUGAGCCUUGAAGAGUUCGUGGCCCAAGAUAUACCCACGCGACCUGCUGGCGACGACUCUGCCGUGGAGAUAUCAGCAAAGGAGAACAGGCGGAAAUUUGAAGAAUUCCACAAGUCAAUUGCGGAAUGCGACCAGAUUCUUACCAACGUCGAAUCCUACCUGACGAACUUCAAGGCCGAGCUUGGUCAGGUCUCUGCAGAAAUUGAGAACUUACAGGCUCGCUCUACUCAGCUCAACGCCAAACUCGACAACCGGCGCCAUGUCGAGAAGCUCCUGGGCCCUGCGGUGGAAGAAAUCAGCCUGUCUCCUCUCACAGUAAAGUCUAUCGCAGAAGGACCCAUGGACGAGACGUUUGUUAAGGCUCUGAAGGAGGUGGAAGCAAGAUCUCUCAUAUUAGAAGCCAAAGAGGAGAAGUCGGAGCAGGUCAAGGCUUUGCAGGACCUGAAACCUCUGCUUGAAGAUCUCAAGGCCAAAGCGAUCGAGCGAAUACGAGACUACAUCGUGGCUCAGAUCAAAGCGCUUCGCUCACCCAAUAUUAACGCCCAAGUAAUCCAACAGCAGACUUUCCUGCGAUAUAAAGAUCUGUACGCUUUUCUGGCUCGGAAUCACCCGGUUUUGGCUGAGGAAAUUGGGCAAGCAUAUGUCAAUACCAUGCGGUGGUACUAUAGCAGCCACUUUUCCCGAUACCAACAAGCUCUUGACGCUCUACAAAUUCACGCCUUUGAUCAACAUGACCUACUCGGCUCAGAGCCGGCUCCAGCCAGGCGGAAUGUCCUGGGGGCCUCCAAACCCGCUCCCCCACCACAUGAUGCCUUUAGCCUGGGACGAAGGGAAGACCUUCUCAAAUCCAAGAACGACACAGCUCUGCCGGCCUACCUUGCGGAAGAAAGCAAGGCGGCACACUACCUAGAAGUUCCCUUCCGGAAUUUCAACCAAGCACUCAUUGACAAUGUGUCCGCCGAGUAUUCGGUCAUCACCGAGUUGUUUUCCACCAGUACGUAUCAUCAGAUCUCGCGUCGGGUGGUUGAAAUCUUCGAGCCUACAUUCACCAUGGGUCACAGCCUGACCAAAUCCCUUGUUGAGAAUACGAACGACUGCUUGGGCGUCUUACUCUGCGUCCGUCUGAACCAGCACUUCGCGUUCGAGCUGCAGCGGCGCAAAGUCCCCGUGGCAGACUCAUACAUCAACUACACAAACAUUCUCCUGUGGCCGCGCUUUCAAAUUGUCAUGGAUGCGCAUUGCGAGUCGCUGAGAAAAGUCCCCGCUCCGACGACCGGUAGCCGGGGCGCCGCAGCCGCCUUCUCCCUUGUCGGGGGAGGAUCGUCGGACGCCUCCAAGGCCUCGGUGGCGCCGCACGCCAUCACGCAGCGCUUCGGCCAGUUCUUGCAGGGGAUUCUGUUACUCAGCGCCGAGGCCGGCGACGACGAGCCCGUCUCAAACAGCCUCGCGCGGCUGAGGACCGAGUACGAGUCUCUGAUGGGCAAGCUCGCCAAGGGGGCCGGUGAUGCCAGUAAAAGGGCAAAGUUCCUGUACAACAACUAUAGUCUGGUGUUGACCAUCGUGAGCGACACGCGAGGCAAGCUGGCGGAGGAACAGAAAGAGCAUUUUAGCAGUCUGGUCCGCGAGAUGAAGAAGUAGAUAGACCAAACACAUGCAUUAAUGAGGGCUUGGGCGCAGGGGGGUAAAAUUAGAUCUAUUCAUGUUUCCUCGGUGAUAUGGCACCCGAAUACCUCCUUUUCUUACUCCCUUGGCGAAGUAGCACGCAAACUCUCAAGGGCGGAAUUCAUCAUAGAACAGACUCGCACGCGGAAGGGGUCCUGUGCCGAACGCAAAGAAGCAUAGCCAGUCGAAGAAAU